CCUCGGCGCAGUCGGUGGCACCGCUCCGUAGGGUGAGAACGCGCGAGACCGUCCUCCUGGCGCGACUGUGCGAGCAGCGCCCACGAGAACCGUCCCCCGCGACCUUGCGGCGCCUGGGCAAGAGCGGAUAACUUCGGUUUUGCAGUUCAGGAGUGCGGCAGACGGUGGACCGGCCGGCGGCGCCAGCACACGCCCACCAUGUCGUUCCUGUUCGGAGGCGGAGAUGACCGUCGUGGCGGAGGAGGCGGAGGGUUUUUCGGUGACCUCGUGGGAGCCGUGGCUAACGAAGUCAUCGAUAACAUCCAGGACGACGGUCAGGAUGGACGUGAGCGACGCACGAGGAGUAACCAGGUGGAGGCUGGUGGCACCCUGGACCUGGGCGACAUCAUUGGAGCCGGCGUGAAGCACUUCGGCGGCGGCGGCGGCGGCGGCGGCAGCAGUGGUGGCGGUGGCGGCGGCAUGGACGACAUCAUCGGCGCCAUGUCCAACAAGACGCGGGACGACCGCACGGACGAGGAGCGCAACAGCGGUGGAGGCGGCGGCGGCGGCGGCGGGUACGGCGGCCAGGGCGGCGGCGGCGGCGCCUCCGACAUCCUGGGUGGCAUCAUGGGCAUGAUCGGCGGCGGCGGCGGCGGAGGAGGCGGCGGCGCGGCGCCCGCCCAUCCCUCCAUGAAGCACGGCGGCAAGGGUGUGGGCGGUGUCAACAUGGGAUCCCUCAUCCAGUCGGCGUUCGGCAACGCUCUGGGUGGCGGCGGCGGCGGCGGAGGUGGCGGCGGCGCCGCAGGCCUCCUGCAGGGCCUCAUCUCGGGCGCUGUCAGCGGUGCUGGCGGCGGCCACGGCCAGGGCGGCGGCAAUGCCGCCAGCGGUAACCUCCUGGGCACCAUCAUCGGCGCCCUCUCGGGCGGCAAGAACAUGGGUAACCAGUCGGACGUCACCAAGGGUGGCAACGCCAUGGGCGACAUGUUCAAGACGGCGGUGGGACACACGCUGAACUCCAAUCCCGGCUCGGGCGGCAUCGGCAUCAUCGGAGACCUGGUGAAGAAGGCCAUCGGCUGGAUCGUGGAGAAGUUCUUCAACCUCAAGGGGAAGUACGCCCUGAAGUCACGUCGCGGCGACGCCUUCAACCCGGCCGCCACCGUCUUCAAUAUGAACGAGCGCGGCUCCGGUCUGCGGCCGCGCGGCACCGUGCAGGACUUUGACAAGCUGCGCAGCGAGGCGCUCCGCUCCGGCCAGAUGUUCGAGGACCCCGAGUUCACCGCCGAGGACUGCUCCAUCUUCUUCUCCCGCUCGCCGCCGCGCCCCUUCGACUGGCUCAGGCCCAGCGAAAUAGUGCGCAGCCCCCAGUUCAUCUCCAAGGAUGCGUCCCGCUUCGAUGUGCAGCAGGGAGAGCUGGGCGACUGCUGGCUGCUGGCGGCUGUGGCCAACCUGACCCUCAACGGCGACCUAUUCGCCCAGAUCGUCCCGGACAACCAGAGCUUCGACGACCAGUACGCCGGCAUCUUCCACUUCCGGUUCUGGCAAUACGGCCGCUGGGUGGACGUGGUCGUCGAUGACCGGCUACCCACCUACAAUGGCCAGCUGGUGUUCAUGCACUCCGAGGACAACAACGAGUUCUGGUCGGCCCUGCUCGAGAAGGCCUAUGCCAAGCUGCACGGCUCCUACGAGGCGCUGAAGGGCGGCACCACGUGCGAGGCCAUGGAGGACUUCAGCGGCGGCGUCACCGAGAUGUACGACAUCGACAAGGCGCCUGACAACCUGUUCCAGAUCCUGCAGAAGGCCGACGAGAGAAAGUCGCUGAUGGGCUGCUCCAUCGAGCCGGACCCGAACGUGCUGGAGGCCGAGCUGCCGAACGGCCUGAUCCGCGGCCACGCCUACUCCAUCACCAAGGUGUGCCUGGCCGACAUCGAGACGCCGCGUGUCAGCGGCCAGAUCCCCAUGAUCCGCAUCCGCAACCCGUGGGGCAACGAGGCCGAGUGGAAGGGCGCCUUCUCCGACUCCUCUCCGGAGUGGCAGUACAUUCCCGAGGAGUCGCGGCAGCAGAUCGGGCUGACGUUCGACGCUGACGGAGAGUUCUGGAUGACCUUCAAGGACUUCCUGGGCAACUUCCAGCGUCUGGAGGUGUGCAACCUGAGCCCCGACAGUCUGGAGGACGACGACGAGGAGAUCAAGACCAAACGCUGGGAGAUGUCCGUGUUCGAGGGCGCCUGGGUGCGCGGCGCCACCGCCGGCGGCUGCAGGAACUACAUCAGCACGUUCGCCUACAACCCGCAGUACAUGGUCAACCUGACGGACCCGGACGAGGACGACGACGAGGAUAAGUGUACCGUGAUCGUGGCGCUGAUGCAAAAGAACCGGCGCGCCCAGCGCAAGCUCGGCCUCGACUGCCUCACCGUCGGCUUCGCCAUCUAUCACGUGUCGGACCCAAGUGGCGCGCCCACGCCGCUCGACACCAGCUACUUCCGGUACAACUCGUCGGUGGCGCGCGCGCCGAGCUUCAUCAACCUGCGCGAGGUGUCAUGCCGCUUCAAGCUGCCGCCGGGCACCUACUGCAUCGUGCCGAGCACGUUCGAGCCGAACGAGGAGGGCGAGUUCCUCAUCCGCGUCUUCUCCGAGAAGAAGAACAACAUGGAGGAGAACGACCAGGAGGUCGGCCCCGGCAAGGUGGACGACUCGGUGAAACCCGAGCUGGAGGAGGAGUCCGAGUACGACCAGAUGGUCCGCGAGUUCUUCAACAAAAUCGCCGGAGACGACCUGGAGAUUGACUGGCAGGAGCUCAAACAAGUGCUGGACUACGCCCUGAAGAAGGAAUUCAGUCAGUUCGAAUUUGAGGGCUUCAGCAAGGACACGGCGCGCUCCAUGAUCGCACUCAUGGACGUAGACAACUCGGGCAAGCUCGGCUUGGAGGAGUUCAAGACGCUGUGGAACUGCAUCCGCGUCUGGAAGACGGUGUUCAAGCAGCACGACGCCGACGGCACCGGGUUCCUCAGCGCCUUCGAGCUGCGGUCGGCGCUGAACGAGGCCGGCUACCGGGUCAACAACAACCUGCUUGGCUCCUUGAUGCACAGGUACGGCGAUAAGGAGGGCCGAGUGGCUUUCGACGACUUCAUGGCGUGCGCUGUGAAGAUGAAGACCUGCAUAGAGAUCUUCCGCGACCGUGACCCGGAGAAGACAAAUCAGGCCAUCUUCUCGCUGGAGGACUGGAUGGAGUACAACAUGUACUCGUAAGCGGCUUAGACGCCACUGGUGCGAGGACCGCCCGCAGUAUCCCGCCCGUCGACUCACACCAGCGCGGGUCAGCUGUCACGCGCGGGGCCUGCCUGCCACCCAGGACGUUUCGCUGGGGCCGGGCCGGGCCGGGCGGGCCGACCCGAGCCGAGCCGAGCCGAGCCGAGCCGAGCCGGGCUGGGCCGCAGUGUGCCGCGUCGCUAUGCGCGCGGGUGUGAGGUCGCUGUGCCGCCCGCUCGUAGUCCGUGCCAGCGCCGGGACAGCCGCGGCUCGCGGCGCCGCCUGUCCCGGUAGGAGUUUGACCGGCCGGGCAGCUGUGGCUCGCGGCGCCGCCCCUCCCGGCAGGAGUCAGGACGGCCGGCUCGGCGCGAAGACGUGGCACGCGCCGUCGGCCGGCGCUAACGCGACAGCACUCAGCGAGAUACGCGUGGUACUAACCGCGGGCGGCGCCCCCAUGCGGGCCGGCCGACACCGCCACUAGGUGGCCUUCGUGUUCGCGCAGCGCAUCUCCACUUCCAGCCUGGAUCGCGAGGCUUGCAACUGCAUCUGAACCUCUGCUCCGUAGAUGGACUUCUAGACUUCGGUAUACUGGCCUUAGCCGCUGUUCUUUACGGGUCCCGGUCGGCCCCAGUUUGUAUGUGCUUUUCUCAAGGGCGUGCGCAUUCGUGUGACUGAUUCGUGGUUGAAUCAGGUGGAUAUAGCUUUCUCCUCGUAUGCAGUGCCUGCCGAAACGUGCUUGUUCUUGGUCUUGUAUGCGAAGACAGCUGUUUUGUUAAGUCAGAUUCGCCUUUACAUUGAACUUUAGAAUAUAUUUUGAAUCUGAUC